UUGAGUGGAACUGGCAGUGCCUCAGGAUCCGUCUGCCUGUGCAGCACAAUUCCAGCUGCCUCUUGCACGCUCUCUUCUCAGCCUUGUUUUUAAGAGGUACUGGGUUUGUCACGACACGGGAAUUAGAACUCCUCGUGUCCCUCUCUGAUAGCACAAAAGGUGUCACUUGGCCCUUAGCAGUGACAGCACUUGCUGCUCCUCCAAACACUUAUAAGCACUUCCAAAUUAUACUGCCCAUUUCAUUCAUUUCUGUUAUCGUGUUUAGUACACUUCUGCAGGUUCUGUAGCGUACACAGACAGUGUCCUUGGAAAACAUGUGAGGUUUUUUUGGAGAAAAUGGGGUUUUAAGACCUUAAAGCUCAGCUCAUUCCACCCCCUGCCAUGGCAGGGACACCUUCCACCAUCCCAGGCUGCUCCAAGCCCCAUCCAGCCUGGCCUUGGGCACUGCCAGGGCACAGUCACAGCUCCUCUGGGCAUCCUAUGCCAGAGGCUCACAGGGAAUAAUUUCUUCCCAAUAUCCCACCCAACCCUGCCCUCUGUCAGUGGGAAAGCCGUUCCCUUUGUCCAGUCCCUCUGUCUCUUGUUACUAAGUUUCCCAAGAGCACUCAAGAUUACUGUGUGCCACUCAGAAAACAGCAGCUCACAGGAGGCUGGGGGCUUACGGGCCGUGACGAAAAACGCCUGCAUAAAACAAACUUUUAUUUUUGCUACGCUACACCCAGCAACGCCUCCCUCAGCAAACCCUCAGGCUCGGCUCCCUGCUCACAAGGGAGGCGCGACGAUCGUUUGCGCUGAAACGAUGCCAGCCGGGGCUCGCAGACCCGACAGAUUCCUAAGUGUGGCUGCAGGGGGUUUAUUUUAAACAAACACAGCGGAGAGGAGGCGGCAGGUCAGGGCCAUGCCCGGGCCUGUUGCAGGAACCUCCAGCCAAGGCCUCAGGCACCUCAGCAGCCGCCAUCUUGGCUGGGGCGGGGCCCCCACGAGACCACGCCCCCAAUGCGCUCAUGGACACGCCCCCACACAGGCCACGCCUCCUCCCCGGUCCUCCCGCCCAUGGGCCCUCGGAGCCGCUUCCCGUAGGAGGAGGAGCAGGAUGGAUGUGCUGCGGCCCCCCUUGGUAAGGAUCGGGGGAAGAGUGUACCGGAAAAACCUCAUCCAAGAGCAGGUCUUCCCUCACGAGGAGGAGGAGGAGAGCUUCUAUUCAGGCCCCGGUGACUGCGCGGACGAGCCCUGCGAUGCCUUCGUGGUGGAGGAGACCGAGCGAGGCUUCCAGUGCCGGCUGGAGGUUCCCAGCCCCUUGUACAAGUACAUCAUUGGGAAGAAAGGGGAAACCAAGAAGAGGCUAGAAACAGAGACUCGAACCUCCAUCAGCAUUCCCAAGCCUGGAGUGGAAGGAGAAAUUGUGAUCACGGGGCAGCAGCGCAGCGGUGUCGUCUCUGCCCGGACGCGGAUCGACGUGCUCCUGGACAGCUUCCGCAGGAGGCAGCCCUUCACACACUUCCUGUCCUUGCCUCUCAACCAGCCUGCCAUCCAGGAGAAGUUCCUGCAGUUCAAGGAGGAGGUGCUGGAGAAGUGCUCAAAGGAUCACGGGGUCAGCAGCAGCCUGUUCCAGAACCCUGCAAAGCUUCACCUGACCAUUGGGACGCUGGUGCUCCUGAACGAACAAGAGAUCCAGAAAGCCUGUGACCUCCUGCAGCGGUGCAAAGAGGACUUUGUGGACCAAAUUACUGGAGGGCAGCCCCUGACAGUGGAGGUGGCAGGAGUGGAGUACAUGAACGAUGACCCUGCCAUGACAGAUGUCCUUUAUGCCAAAGUCCACAUGAAGGAUGGCUCAGACAGUCAGUCACUGGGGCUGCAGCUGAAGGAUGUCGUUUGUUUCUGCAGCAGUCUGUCAGGGUUGCAGAUGGUCGCUGAUCGGCUGGUGGAGCGCUUUGUGGCCUCUGGCCUGAUGCUUAAAGAAUGGGACAGGGUGAAGCUGCAUGCCACAGUCAUGAACACUCUCUUCAGGAAAGAUCCAACUGAAGAACGAAACAACACAAUGCCUGGUAAAUCAUCCUUCAAGGAGCGGGAGUCAUUUAAUGGCCAAAAUAUCCUCAAGUCCUUUUUGCCUGGUGCUGGUAUCAGUAAUCCAGCGAUGUGCAGAGGAGUCAGCGCCUUCCUGCUGUGUCUGGCCUGGGAUCUGCCGUCGUGCUGUGGCCGGAUGAUUUGGAAGGGUGAUUGUUCUCUGCUCUUCUCCAGUGCUUUCCAUCCCAAGCUGUGGACGUGUUAUGCAAACUUUAAUUCAAAUAUAUCAUCCCUUACGAGGUGGAAGAAUUUCCAGGGGAGAGCGCAGAAAGUCUGCAGACAAACAGGUUUUGUUGCUCUGUGUUGAGGCACCUCUUCAGAAACGCCGCUUAAUUUUUCUCCAUGCUUGUCAGCGGGUGCCUGGCAUUUUGUUUGUUCCUCCCCUUCCCCAGAGGGGAUAACAGCACUGUAACAUGCUGAUUUCCAACAGAAAGCUCCUGCCUUUCCAGGCCUGUUCCCUCAUUCACCGCUGCUCCCAGUGGGGACACGCUGGGGCUGUGCUGCUGGUGGGCAAGCUGGUGAGCGUUGUCACUUCGUGCAGAGCAGCUGAAGCUGCAAAGCCUCCAGCUCCUCCAAAGCCUCUGUUUAAUCUCCUGGUUGGAGCUGUCCGAGCACUGCCAUCGGCUGCCAGACCCCGAUUCCCAGCGCUGGGUUGUCUGUUAGCAGGAUCCUCCUGCACGUGCUCUACCAUGGAGGCACAGCCCAGUGGUGCUCAGGCUGUUCACACCCUUCCUGGGUGGGGUCUUGGGGUGGAUAAAUGUCUUCCACGCAGGAGAAACAGAGGAACGAUUGCAGGUGUCCCAUCCUCAGCAUGGACCACGCAGCAGGAAUGAUGGUGAGCUCAUCCACAGCCACAGGCUCCUGGAGCUAUGAGCCUCUUCCUCCCAGCCUCCCUGAAGUUGCUAAUUUCUGUGUUCAUUCCAGACAUGGAGAACUGGACCUGCCUGAGUUCCCUGCCUAGGGCAGUGGGGUUUGUGAGGCGGAUUGUCACAGGCUGGUGACAUUACAGGACACAGCGCUGAGUCACCGGGGGCAGUUUUGGGCUGUUGAUCUGUAAUAGCCCAGCCCUAAGGCAUUGCUUUCUGGGGCUGGAGUUCACAGCAGAGCUCCCUGCAGUCCAGGGAGAGGUGUGUGUGCAUAUCCAUUUUACUCCAUGGUAAAAUUGCUGCUUGUUAGUGGGAAUUUUUAAUUGCAAGGCAUUGCAGUGAGUUGUUGCUCCCUCGGCAUUUCCGAGGCUCUCAGCAGAGCUGCUUGGACUUUUUAUUAAUUCAGGAUGGGACUUUUUUUUUGGCUGACUACUGUAAACAACGUAAGGCUUUAAAAACUGAUCAAUAAUCCUGAUGGUAGUGGCAAAAUCCAGGCCAAGGCAGCGUGAAUGCAAGCCAGAGAUUACGUGAAGGAAGUUUUAAAUACCUCUGACUCCCUUCCCUUUCGUGGACUUCCUUUGUCCUCCCACUUCCCGUGCUUCUCCAGCCGAAUCCAUUAAUAUUUCUCAUGCUUGUUGAGCCCGUGACAGGUGAUUUAAAAGCCUCAGUUUGCGUUGGCACCUCCGCUCUUCAUAACCAGAGCUGAAACACAUCGCUGCUGUCCUUCUGUGGAUUAGCUGUGAUUUAUUGCUGUUGUUCCCAGGCUGGAGCACAGAGGUGCUGUCUCAUUCCAGCAGGGUUGUCUGUGGGAUGCGAGCCCCCCAAGGAGGACAGCUUGACAAACACCCGUGCUUGGGAGCACAACAUCGUUUAGGCGCCUGUUUUAACUUCUUCAUUGAGGAGCCAUCCUCCUCCUUGCCUCAGCAAAACCUACUUCACAGGCUUAAAAAGGGGAAGAAAAUGUGGCAAAGAGGCAUCCUGGGUUUGAUCUGCUGCUCUGCCUUUGAUAAGGAAGUUGUUGUGGUUUAGAGGUUGAAGUUUGUACAAGCAGUUUUGGCUCGGGUUUGCGAGGAGCGAGCGGUUUGAUGUGUGAUUCUCUCUCUCUCCCAAAACAAGUCUUCAGCCUCUUGUCUUCCUUCAGAAAAUGGUUGUGUCAUCGCAAGGGAGAUCUGCUGGGUAAUUUGUGGGUAAUCGAGGGGAACAGACCUCAGAGGAAGAAGGGUUUCCAGCAUCUGAACAGAAUUGUCUUAAAUGGGAGAAAAUGCAGUGUCAGAAAUGACAGUGGUGCUGCUGGCUUUUCCUGACUCAAGAUAAACGACUUUGGGGGGAGAAGUGGAGGAAAACUUGCUUUCUGGGAGCUACCACAGGGCUGCCUGCGUUUCAUCAUGACCUCAGUGGUGUGUCCUUGGACCCAGUCCCCAGGACAGGAGAGGGAGGGAGAGGAGCACUUGGGCCUACGGUAGUUUGCAGGCUGACCUGUGAAAUACGGGUUAUCCAUCAUCCAAUUCUCUCCUCUUGGGAACUCAUGGCUUUUGGGGAGGGCAGUGUGGCUGUAGUCUGUACCAUCCCCCACAGAUCCUGGGAUGCUGCUGCUGUCACUCUCCAGGCACCUGCUCUGUCCCCAUGGGAGAUGCAGGCAUCCUCGCUGAGCAUUGCCCAAACCUUUGGCUGUGGCUUGAAAGGCAGGGCACAUCCCUGGAGCUUUUGCUUGGAGGUGCUGGGUCUGGGGUUAAAAGUUAACAAUGCUCUUUCCUUAUUCCAUUCUAAUUCAAUUUGGGAAGGCAGCAGGGAGAUGGAGGGCACUUAGUCCUCUAAGUGCUAUUCCCUUGAUGGGAGUUAGUAGCUUGCACUGCAUGUGUGGUGUUGAUUCUGUAAGCUGACCUUUACCUCCAUCAGGUUCAUUCUCAUUUAUAAUACUUUAAAAAAAAAUCCCAGCCUCCAUCCUCUUAUUUAUUCCUUGGGCAUCGAGGGCAUAAAUCCUUUGGCAUGUUUGGAUUUAUAGAAUUACUGUGCUUUUGCUGAGCCUCGCGUCCCACUCCAAUCAAAUGACACGGCUCUGCGGGCGAUUGCGUUUCUCCUCUCCUGCCUCCCUCCUGGCUGCUCCUGAUCCACAUCUCCUCGUGUUCCCUGCAGCCUUUCCAGGGAAAGGUGGGCCCUUGGCAGCCGUAGGGAAGGACAGGAAGAGGGGUCGGCCAGUCUUGGGGUUAUCAGCGGUUGUUUCUGAAGGGCAGCAAUCUCCAGGUACCUUCUUCCCUGGUGCAGAACAAAAAAUGCUAAGUUGCUUUCCCAGGAGGCAUUUCAUCAGCUGUGCUCCAGGGCUCCUCUGAAACCAGAGCGUUUCCGUGGUGGCUGGGGAGAGGGGGGAGUUAUAAAUAUCUUUCUUGGCUCUGCUUGGCUUCUCCUCAAGAUAAAUAGAAGUGAAAGUCAAAAGCAGAGGCUUGGCUCUCUGCAAUCUCUUCUGAGUCUCCAGGGACCCGAGCGCAGGAUGCUUUUGUGAUGGGAAGCCACUUUCUGGUGUUCCAGAGGUCUUGGAGGAUUCCUGGAGUUUCAGAGGUGUUGAGGAUGAUGAUUGAGGGGCCUCUCUCCACACUGCCUGAGGCAGGUCUCAGAUGUGCAGUGAUCUCUGUGUCUGGAGUCCGGUGGCUUCCGUCAUGGGAUGCCUCAGGGAGCACAGGAACAUCGGUGAGAAGCCGGCCUGAAACAAGAGCAGAAAAAAGUGUCUGUGGUUGUCCUCUAAAUCUUGUAGCAUGUUUACUCUCAGAAAGUACAGCCACAUUACCAAAAAUCAAUAGUUCUAGCAGCAUUCCUCCCUGGGAAACACACAGCUGCUCGAACACACGGGAGGUGGUGAAUCUUAAAAAAGCCAAGGGAAUACAAAGUGCUUUAGUACAAUGGCUUUGCUGCACUUCUAGCAGUGUACAAAUGGAGGGCCUUUGACCUGGGCUUCUGGGGCUUCCCAGUCAUCCUUCUGCUGUGACAUGCCUGAGGCUGUGUGAGGCAAGAGGGGGCUCGGGGAGGGUUUGUCUCAUUAACUAACUUUUGCUUUGAAGUACAUGUGUUUACUAACAGGUUGUGGUGUGCAGCAAUAGCAUAAACAAAACUCUUCCUUUGGUUAUUUUGUGAAAAGGUUUCACUUCUGGCGCUGCUGAUGGGUCUGGCACAUCCCAGAAUUUAAUUUGUUUCCUUCGUGGAAUCCUGGAAUGGUUUGUGUUGGAAGGAACCUUAAAGUCCACCUUGAAGUCCAUUCCAUCCCUCUUGCCAUGGGCAGGGACACCUUAGAUCAGAGUGUUCUAAUCCCAUCCAGCCUGGCCUUGCAUACUUCCAGGGAUCCAGGGGCAGCCACAGCUUCUCUGGGCACCCUGU